AUGGUAGAGAUAGAUCGCGAUGAAGCUCGACGAUCGUCUUUCCAAGCACCACCCGAACCACCACCACCGACUGCGACGACUGCAGACGCCCUCAAUCGAGCCGCUGAAGGACGCAAAACGAGGGCGAAAGGAGAGCCAAAGCUCCAUUUCGCACCAGAACAGAAGAGGUUUCGGAAAAAGGACCUGCCGCCCAACUUUGAAGUAGGAGACUACUACCGUAGUCUCGAUGACUAUGUGCGCCAGACACGGAGAGCGAGGAGAGUGUCUCGAAAGCUCAGAUCUUCGUCUUCUGCUAGGUCGGCAGGAGGUAGCAGCAAGGCCAGCAGCGCCGACUCUUCGAGCUCGUCCUCGGAUGGCGAUUCGUCUUCAAGUAGCUCCUCCUCAAGCAGCUCGGCGUCUGGACGUCUGACCAUGGCCAGGCUCCGUGCUUUCUUUGGCGAUUCCAGCAGUGGCUCCAGCACAUCUUCAUCAAGUGAUGACAGCGAAAGCGAUGGCGACAGCAGUGGCAGUUCCUCCUCGUCGUCGUCUUCAACGGGCAAUUUCCGAAUGUUCUCGCGAAGCCGUACCGGAGGAAGCGCUUUGAGACGGAGGAGCUCAAGGUUCUCCGAGGAUGAGCCCGCUCAGCUACCCUUUCGAUCCCCGUCCAUUGCCAGUCACGCAGACCAAGAAGGGUCUCACAAGCCCCGCACACCUGCCUUGCCGCGCACGCCCGCGCCGUUUGGUGGAGCUUUCCAGUUAAAGGGAGGAGCAAAGAGAAAACGGCAGCGGCGAGCACGCCAAAGGAUGAAAGCACAGGAGAAAGAGCUGAUUCGUCAGGGAAGACUGCCGCCGCGGCCGAGCAAGAAGGCAAGGCGAAAGGCGAAGCUGGCAAGGGCCCAAGCGGGCGGUGUGACCGAAUUUACCCUCUUCACACCCGUCUCGCUUCCUGAUGUCGUUGGAAAACCAUCGAGACCGGCCAUGAAUUCGAGGGGAAUGACUGCGCAACGCGUCGAGGUCAGGAAUUCAAGUGACAAGGGUCAUCACAAGAUGAUCGCCGACAACGGCAAAGUUCUCCAAACAUCAUCCUUUCUUGCUGUCAAAGAUCGUCUACACGCUUUGCGGAGAUAUCGACGUCAGGUUGAGGGUGCGGAGGGGGAUAUUGGCCUCUCAGAGAGACACCGCAAGCUCGGUCACGAUGCAAGUGACAUUAAUGGCAAAGACGGCGAAGCAGAUGAGGGAGCAGACGAGGGGGCAGAUCUGGACGCCAACGACGACUAUGGAAUCGACCUUGAGGAUGGUGACCUGGCGUUGCCACCUCCUGCACUGGAUUUACCUCCUAUUGGAGAGACAAAGGCGGGAUCGUCUAAUCAGAUCAAGUCAGCAAGCAAAUCCGACGACGACGAGGCUCGAACGGGCUGGCACAUGUCAGAUGUGCCUUUGACACCGCACCUUCGGAUGGCGACAGAUUUCGCCAGAGGUUUCAUCAUCAACCCUAUCAGCGGGCGAGCUGGUCAAAUGAUGAGCUCGAUGGCACCACACCUCGAUCUUGGCGCGAUCGCCGAGGGAGAGGACGAGGCCAAGCAUUCUUCUACGAGCGGAACCAGAGUCGAAAGCGGGCAGGGUGGCCCGUCGCCUUCAGGUGCGGCCGUCGAUCAUGGCCAUGCUGCUUGGUGGCUCGACGUCAAUUGUCCCACAUAUCGCGACAUGGCAGAGCUGAGCAAGAUGUUUCCCCUUCAUCCUCUCACCGUAGAGGACGUCCUGCAACAGGAUACGCGCGAGAAGGUCGAGGUAUUCGAAAGCCUCGGUUAUUAUUUCGUCGUCGUGCGGGCCAUCGAUGAAUCGUACUUUCGCUAUACCUCGUCGGAACAAGGGUCGAACCCCGCUGUCUUUGAGGCUACAGAUGCAAAAGACGGUCAGUCGGGCCCACAGAUGGAGAUGGACGACCUUGGCGACCCCGACGGAGAAAGUAAGCUGCCCUUUAAAUCUGGACGGCGCCCGCGUGUCGAGAUUGUUGAGGGUGUGGGCGGCAAAGAGGGACUCGAAGGCGUCAGUGUGGGAGCAAAAAAUCUCUAUCUCAUCGUCUUUUCCCACGGCGUCAUCUCCUUCCACUUCGAAGAUGUGUCCAAGCACACCGAUCGUGUUCGUAGCCGACUCGUCGACUUGACACAGCCCGUCGAGCUGACAUCUGACUGGAUCGCCCAUGGGCUCUUCGACUCAAUCGUCGAUGCGUUUUUUCCGCUCCUUGCCUUUCUCGAAGCCGAAGUCGAGGAGCUUGAGCAGAUGACGAGCGAGCCGCUGCCCCUGACAAAGCGCGAGGUUCUUGCCAGACGAAUGGUCGCUGUUUCUUGCCAGCCUCUGGACAAGGAUAACAACCUCCCAAUGACCUACGGUCACAUAAACACCACGCGCAUCGUCCUCCGAGCUCUCCCCAGCCUCUCUAUCCCAAAGAAGCUGGCAACAACGCUGCCAUCGUCGUGGGUCGUAGAGCGUUUUCAUGUCCGUCGCCUCGAUCUCGACGAGCUGCCUCAGGAGCCGAGGAGUGUCAUUCAACGUCUCUUUCGGCUCAAUCGCCGACGAGCACGUGUGCGAGCCUUUCUUUCAGGAUCAGCCCAAGGUCAGAGUGAGAUGUUGCGUCGAAUUACCGACGUUCGCAAGAUCGUGACUGGUCUCUCUCGCCUCUUGGCACCAAAGAACGACAGCGUUCGAGGUUUGCGCAAACGUCUGGUCGAGCUUCGAACCGGCGCACCCGGGCUGUCCAGGAUCGAGAUGUCCAUAUACAUGGGCGAUGUCCACGACCACAUCGUGACGCUCAUGACGCACCUCUCCAAUGGCGACGCGCGGCUCAGCGACAUCCACAUCUCGUACCUCUCCAGCAUCCGUAUCAACAACCGACGGGUCAAGCAGAGCACCGACGAGAUUCUCGUCGUCCUGGCUUCCGUUACAGUGACAUUGCUGGCAUGUGUGUGCUUCAGUGCAAUCUGGGGCAUGAACGUCACGGUGCCAAAGAACUUGAAGAUGACAAACGCGUACCAUUGGUUUGGAGGAGUCGUCGCCGUUGUCGUCUCUAUUCCCGUCCUCAUCAUCAUCAGAGUUCGGCUUUGGAUCAAGCAGGCAAAGCAGCGUUCCGAUGCCAGGCGCGCGAUCCGAUAA